AUGACAAGAGUCAUGAAGACUGAGUAUCAUGGGCUUGAUGCCAAAGACCAAGGACACUGCAACAGCCCAGAAGAGGAGAGAGGCAGGGAAAGGGGGCUGAGGCCAGUGCAUCAACAGGAGUUUGGAAAAGAAUUAAGAAUUGACAAAGAUAAAAUCCUUAAUGGUGGAGUCUAUGUAGACCAGAACAAAUUUCUUUGUUACACAGACACAAUUCAUUGGCAAGAUAUUGUUCGGAAUCCGUGGCCUUCCAACUUGACUCUGGUGUCAACAAACGGUAGCUCAGGAUGUGGACGUUGCCAUAAGUCCUGUACUGGCCGAUGCUGGGGACCCACAGAAAAUCAUUGCCAGACCUUGACAAGGACGGUGUGUGCAGAACAGUGUGACGGCAGGUGCUAUGGACCCUACGUCAGUGACUGCUGUCAUAGAGAAUGUGCUGGAGGUUGCUCAGGACCAAAAGACACCGACUGCUUUGCCUGCAUGAAUUUCAAUGACAGUGGAGCGUGUGUUACUCAAUGUCCCCAAACUUUUGUCUACAAUCCAACCACUUUUCAGCUGGAACAUAACUUCAAUGCAAAGUAUACAUAUGGAGCAUUUUGUGUCAAGAAAUGCCCACAUAACUUUGUGGUGGAUUCCAGUUCUUGUGUGCGUGCCUGCCCUAGUUCCAAGAUGGAAGUGGAAGAAAAUGGGAUUAAAAUGUGUAAACCUUGCACUGAUAUUUGCCCAAAAGCUUGUGAUGGCAUUGGCACAGGAUCACUGAUGUCAGCUCAGACCGUGGAUUCCAGUAACAUUGACAAAUUCAUAAACUGCACCAAAAUCAAUGGGAAUUUGAUCUUCCUUGUCACUGGUAUUCAUGGGGACCCUUACAAUGCAAUUGAAGCCAUAGACCCAGAGAAACUGAAUGUCUUUCGGACCGUUCGAGAGAUAACAGGUUUCUUGAACAUACAGUCAUGGCCUCCAAACAUGACUGACUUCAGUGUUUUUUCUAACCUGGUGACCAUUGGUGGAAGAGUACUCUACAGUGGCCUCUCCUUGCUUAUCCUCAAACAACAGGGCAUCACUUCUCUACAAUUCCAGUCCCUGAAGGAAAUCAGUGCAGGAAACAUCUAUAUUACUGACAACAGCAACCUAUGUUAUUAUCAUACCAUUAAUUGGACAACACUCUUCAGCACUAUCAACCAAAGAAUAGUGAUCCGGGACAACAGAAAAGCUGAAAACUGUACUGCUGCAGGAAUGGUGUGCAACCAUCUGUGUUCAAGUGAUGGCUGCUGGGGACCUGGCCCAGACCAAUGCCUGUCCUGCCGUCGCUUCAGCAGAGGAAGGAGCUGCAUAGAGUCUUGUAACCUCUAUGAUGGUGAAUUUCGAGAGUUUGAGAAUGGCUCCAUCUGUGUGGAGUGUGACCCCCAGUGCGAGAAGAUGGAAGACGGCAUCCUCACAUGCCAUGGACCGGGACCUGAUAACUGCACAAAGUGUUCCCAUUUUAAGGAUGGCCCGAACUGUGUGGAAAAAUGUCCAGAUGGCUUGCAGGGGGCAAACAGUUUCAUUUUCAAGUAUGCUGAUCAGGAUCGAGAGUGCCAUCCAUGCCAUCCAAACUGCACCCAAGGGUGUAGCGGCCCCACUAGUCAUGACUGCAUUUACUAUCCUUGGACGGGCCAUUCCACUUUACCACAACAUGCUAGAACUCCUCUAAUUGCAGCUGGAGUCAUCGGCGGGCUCUUCAUCCUGGUCAUCGUGGGUCUAACAUUUGCAGUUUAUGUAAGAAGGAAGAGUAUCAAAAAGAAAAGAGCCCUGAGAAGAUUUCUGGAAACAGAGUUGGUAGAACCCUUAACUCCCAGCGGCACAGCACCCAAUCAAGCUCAACUGCGUAUUUUAAAAGAAACUGAGCUCAAAAGAGUGAAAGUACUUGGCUCGGGAGCUUUUGGAACAGUGUAUAAAGGUAUUUGGGUACCUGAAGGAGAAACAGUAAAGAUUCCUGUGGCUAUUAAGAUUCUUAAUGAAACAACUGGUCCCAAAGCCAAUGUGGAGUUCAUGGAUGAAGCUUUGAUCAUGGCAAGUAUGGACCAUCCACACUUAGUCCGGUUAUUGGGUGUGUGUCUGAGCCCAACCAUUCAACUGGUUACACAGCUUAUGCCCCAUGGCUGCCUGUUGGAUUAUGUACAUGAACAUAAGGAUAACAUUGGAUCCCAGCUACUGCUUAACUGGUGUGUCCAAAUAGCUAAGGGAAUGAUGUACCUGGAGGAAAGACGGCUUGUUCAUCGGGAUUUGGCAGCCCGAAAUGUCUUAGUGAAAUCUCCAAACCAUGUGAAAAUCACAGAUUUUGGACUAGCUAGGCUCUUAGAAGGAGAUGAAAAAGAGUAUAAUGCUGAUGGAGGAAAGAUGCCAAUUAAAUGGAUGGCUCUGGAGUGUAUACACUACAGGAAGUUCACCCAUCAGAGUGAUGUUUGGAGUUAUGGAGUUACCAUAUGGGAACUGAUGACCUUUGGAGGAAAACCCUAUGAUGGAAUUCCAACCAGAGAAAUCCCGGAUUUAUUAGAGAAAGGAGAACGUUUGCCCCAGCCUCCUAUCUGCACUAUUGACGUUUACAUGGUCAUGGUCAAAUGCUGGAUGAUUGAUGCAGACAGUAGACCUAAAUUUAAGGAACUGGCUGCUGAAUUUUCGAGGAUGGCUCGAGACCCUCAAAGAUAUCUAGUUAUUCAGGGUGAUGAUCGCAUGAAGCUUCCCAGUCCAAAUGACAGCAAGUUCUUUCAGAAUCUCUUGGAUGAAGAGGACCUGGAAGAUAUGAUGGAUGCUGAGGAAUACCUGGUCCCUCAGGCUUUCAACAUCCCACCUCCCAUCUAUACUUCCAGAGCAAGAAUUGACUCAAAUAGGAGUGAAAUUGGACACAGCCCUCCUCCUGCCUACACCCCCAUGUCAGGAAACCAGUUUGUAUACCGAGAUGGGGGGUUUGCUGCAGAGCAAGGAGUGCCUGUGCCGUACAGAGCCACGACCAGCACAAUCCCAGAAGCUCCAGUUGCUCAGGGGGCUACAGCCGAGAUUUUUGAUGACUCCUGCUGCAACGGCACCCUACGCAAGCCAGUGGCACCCCACGUUCCAGAGGAUAGCAGCACCCAGAGGUACAGCGCCGACCCCACGGUGUUUGCCCCAGAACGGAGCCCACGAGGAGAGCUGGAUGAAGAAGGUUACAUGACCCCUAUGCGAGAUAAACCUAAACAAGAAUACCUGAACCCUGUGGAAGAAAACCCUUUUGUUUCUCGGAGAAAAAAUGGAGACCUUCAAGCUUUGGAUAAUCCCGAAUAUCACAAUGCUUCCAACGGUCCACCCAAGGCAGAGGAUGAGUAUGUGAAUGAGCCACUGUACCUCAACACCUUUGCCAACGCGUUGGGAAAUGCCGGGUAUCUGAAGAACAAUGUACUGUCUGUGCCAGAAAAGGCCAAGAAAGCAUUCGACAACCCUGACUACUGGAAUCACAGCCUGCCACCCCGGAGCACCCUUCAGCACCCAGACUACCUGCAGGAGUACAGCACAAAAUAUUUUUAUAAACAAAAUGGACGGAUCCGGCCUAUUGUGGCAGAGAAUCCUGAAUACCUCUCUGAGUUCUCGCUGAAGCCAGGCACCGUGCUGCCUCCUCCACCCUACAGACACCGAAACACUGUGGUGUAAGCUCAGCGGUGGCUUUAAGAUAGAGACAAGCCCGCUCCAAUUUCCCUGCCGCCUCUCUUUCUCUUAUGGUCUUCCUUCUAUUCCCAAGGCCAGUAGUUUUGACACUUCCCAGUGGAAGAUAUAGAGAUGCAAUGAUAGUCAUGUGCUCAUCUAACUUGAACAUUAGAAGGAAGAACUGAAAGAGAAAGACAGGAGGAACCACACUGUUUCUUCAUUUCUCUGCAUGGGUUGGUCAGGAGACUGGAACAGCUAGGGAAGGACCAGCAAAUAUAAGGCAAUACUGCCUGCUGUCAAGGUAGUUCUCAACUUUUUCCCUUUUUUGUCUCUUUCUUUCUUUUCCUUUCUUCUUUCUUUCUUUCUUUCUUCCUUUCUUUCUUCUCUUUCUUUCUUUCUUUCUUUCUCUUUCUUUUUUUUAAUGCAGAUGCUUGAAAGACCCAUGCUAUCUGUUCCUAUCUACAGGAACUGAUGUGUACAUUUUCAGUAUCUUUGGAAAUCCUAAUAAAGUUUCCAUUAGAAAAAAAAGGAUAAACUUUUCUAUAACAUAUGAUAGUAACUGAGAUUGAAAAUCUAGUUUCUUUCUCCAACACUUUCUAUCCUGACAAGCAAGAAUGGCCAACUCAGCUUCCAUAAUUUUUAGAUCUCUCUCAAAGUUAUAGCUAGUAAUUAUGUUUGGAGGGUUUUGUUUUCCUUUUUUCGGUCUGUCCUUUUAUAUUACUUUUAUUCCUAUAUUUUGACUUUACUUUCUAAUUGCAAAUAUUUUUACAUCAAUGUUUCUCAUGUGUUGCUAUAAAUUGACAGCAUUGUAAAAAAAUAUUUUAAUAUGGUGGAAUGGCCAUUAUUUUAAAUAUUAUAGUCUUUAAAAUUAGAAGGGGAGGCCGAGAUAUUAGUCAAGUGUAACGUAAAUCUAUUGAAUAUGUACCCCCCACAUCCUCUACAUUCGUCAACAUUUUCUUCUCCAUAAAUGACAGUACUCAAUAGGCAGUUGGAAUAUAAAGAGUUAAAGGGAAACUAAGAGACAGUUCUGUGUGGUUCAUGAAAACUACUGACACUUUCAGGGGUGGUCCAAUGGGGAAUCCAUUGAACUGGAAGAGACACACUGGAUUGGGUAUGUCUACUUGACAGAAACUCAGAAAUGUAGUUUGCACUUAAGCUAUAAUUUUAUUUGUUCUCUUUCUGAACUCCAUUUUGGAUUUUGAAUGAAGCAAUAUGGAAGCAACCAGCAAAAUAACUAAUUUAAGUACAUUUUUAAAAGAGCUAAGAUAAGGAAAGACUGUGGAAAUGCCAAACCAAGCAAAUUAGGACUUUGGAACAGUAUCAAGAGAAUAUGGUGAGAGGUCCAGCACAUUAUCUACAAGUGAUAUCAUAUUUGCUACGCAAAGAAAAUUAUCCAGUGUGUAUACUCCACACGAAGCAAUGCAAGUAAGGAUUGGCUUGAUUCCAUGGAAUUUCUAGUAUGAGACUCUAUUUAUAUGAAGUAGAAGGUAACUCUUUGCACAUAAAUUGGUAUAAUAAAAAGAAAUACACAAACAUUUGCAGUUUAUAGAUAGGUUCUUGGGUCAAAAGUUGUAAAUAAAGGUGAAAAAUUUAUCAUGUAAUUAUUUUAAUAUCCAACAUACUAAUCUUUUGAUACUUUGUAUAAUAACACUCUCUUCUAACACAUCAUCCUACUUCUAGAACCAUCUUUUUAUGUAUCUUUUUAAAAGAAUACCUACUGAGUUAAGAUGAGCAAUGUGAACAAAUAGUAGGAAUGAGUCUCCAGGAACAAGAGACCUAAUCAGGUCAACAGUUAGGAAAAUUGGGUAGUCUCUCUAGGAAAAUCUGUGUGGGCAGUCAUUCAGAUUAUUUUUUUUUUCCCAACGUUAAAAUGUUGGGAUCAAAUUCAAGUAUAUUACCAAAAAGAAAGCAACAAGACUAAAAAUCUCCAUUGGUAAAACAGAGUUUAGAGAGAGAAAAAAAUGGAAAGAGAUUUAGGUUUCUGCCUGUUUUGAAAAAGUAAAUCAAUCCAUCCAUUCAACACCCUAAUUUUUCAACUGAUAUUUAUUGAGUCUACUAAAAGCACUGUGUAAAUGGGGAACAUCAACAUAAAUGCAAUAUUAUCCCUAACUUAAUGAUUUUAAGUCUGGAUUUAUUUGGAAUGACAUUUGAAUUUCCCCAUAAGUCCAAGGAAUAAGAUUUUAUGGACUAUUUUGUGAGUGGUCAUCAUAAAAUCAGUUGUUUGUUAGAAGAUCUCCCAUGAAUCCAUUUGAAACAUGAAUUAAACAACCUACAAGUUACUGAAGUUGACUAACAUGACCGUUUCAGUGUUACCAUCCAAACACGUACUGGCCUAGAAGGAUAUUGCCUCACUGGCUAAUUGGCCUAUCUGGAUUCUCAGUCAACAGCAGGUUUUUGGUCUUUGGCCAAGAACUUUGGAGGUGUUGGGACUGGUUUCUUACUAAGUUAUGAGAAAUCAGGUAAGCUAUAAGAGUGAAAUAGAGCAAGGGAGAGGUUUGUAAGAACCCUUCCAGUGAUGUUCAACCAUGAACUUUUCAGGGCUGAAGACAUGGAAUGACUUAGGGGCUAAAGUCCAACAUCUUCAAACUUUCCCACUCAUUUAGAGGAGUCUCCAGAGGAAGGGGACUUCACAUCAGUUCUUAUGAAAAUUUGGAAAUAAGCCUCCCUUUCUAGAUAAAUCUAUAACAACUUACCACUGACAGCACCCUUGUUGGAUACUAGAACUUGAUUUUUUUUCUUCUGAUUUGCUAUAUUCAUAUGAUUUUUACUGGGAAAUGGAAAACAGAAUCACUUAUUUUGAGAACGAAAGAAAAAUAAAUGUUUUACUGUGAAGGUAAUAGAAUGUAUUCAGUGAUGUAGUCUCUAUUCUGAGAACACAAAACACUUACACAUCAGGUAGUCUAUGACUAGUAACUAGAAAUAGAUUCAAGUAUAACCCAAGAUGACCCAAAAUGCUUCACAAAAACUUUUUUCUUUUGAAUGCUUUCUGUAGUACAUCUUUGAUUUCAGUUGUUUUAGGAUUUCUCUUUUGUUUUAUUUUUGUCUCAGAAAAACAUACUUGAGAGUGAAUGAAAGGAAGAAAAAACUAGUUUUAUCUGUUCUAAAACAAUAACUUAUUCAACCCAGUAGAAUGAAAUUUUAAAAUGCCAGUUGAAGCCUGCAAAGGACAUCAGGAUAUCAAAUCCCAGAAGCUGAUUGUAUCAAUGCAAAUAUGCAGAACCAAUUAAGAAAAUUAGUAGUAAAAUUACACAGACUAUAUUUUUUUAAAUCACCAAAUUUUGUAGCCUAGCCUAUCUUGGGGAAUCCUAUUUACAGACAAGGAAACACUGUACAACUAAAUGGUUGCUUAAAGAACCAUUCUUUAAUUCUUAAAUGAGAAAAGAUGUUCUCUAGACUAGACCCAGAACCAUAAAGCGUCCUGAACCAUAAAGAGGCGCUUGGAUGGCUGAGUAACAUUUGGUUUUCCAAAUUUUAGUGGCAUGGGUUAGGAUGAGGAUUCUUUCUCAAGUAAUAUUCUUGAAAGAGAAUGAAAACAAAAAUACAAGCUGAAAUCACAUUAACAUGUACAAACUAAAAAGAAGAGAUUCUUCCUUAGUAGAUCAGGAAGAAUGACUGAACAUUUGUAUGUUGAGAUGCAGAAAAGAAGAGACAGUGUUCUAAGUGUUACAAUGUACGUAUCAAUACCUUCUAAAAGCAGGAUGUGACAUGGAGAGCAUGCAUAUUCCCAAUGCCAAGGACAAACCAGUAGAAGAACUGGGAGGUUCUGCUGCUAGAUGAAGUCAGAGGGGCUAUCAAUGUGCCCCUCACUUUCUGAAGUGUCAAAGUGAAAAGAAAAAAAAUAAGAUUGUUUAAGCCCGACAGGGAAGGAUGUAAAUACAUGUUUUCUAGAACUAUCUAACCUUUAUUUCAAAACUUGAAUUAUUCAUCCAUCUAUAAAUGUUGAUUAUUUAACUAGUAUGUAGUUCAUAAGGUAAUAGAAAAGGUGAUCAUGAGAGCAUGUAUAUAACUGGGCAAAACCAUGAUAAUGCUGUAAGACGUAGAUUUAGUUAGGUUUUCAGAAAAUAAAUGAUUUUAAUAUUAUUAAAUAAAUCAAACUAGAAAACUAACCACAGAACAUUAUGUAACAAAAUAAAAUGCAGGAUAUGAAAAUGUAGGAUGGAUUUUGCAUAGUAUAAGAUAAGUUUGCCACUUAAAAUUGUUAUUUGUUAGGUUUAGCUGAAAGUAGGCAUAUAAAGAGCUGGUUCCACUUGUGAAAACUUGAUUUAAAGCAUUGCAAUUAAAUGUUUUUCUCAUUCUCUUAUUCUUUUACCAUUUUUAAUUGUAUUAAAUGUAAGAGAAAAAAAAUUUAAUUUUUUUUUGCAAACACCACCUUGCAGAGUUUAACAGGCAAAUAUGUUACGUGACUUUAAGUAAGAGGUCUUCAAAAUGAAGUAAAGGGAAUGUGAAUGUUCUAUUACCUUAUGCAGAGACAAAGAUUGAGUGAUGCCAUUUAGGAACCAAACAAAAUACAUUUAAUUUGUAAAAUGUCGAUUUUUCCCACGAUACCCUCCCAUUUUCAAAAACAAAAAGAAGCAAUUAAUUGACAAAUUUUUGAUAACUAAUGCUAAACGAAGCAUUUCAAACUGCUGUAUUUUCAUUAUUUUGGACUCUAGUUAUUAGACCAAUGAUUUUUAAUAUUGCAGACAAGAAGUCCAGGUGUAUAAAAUUCUAGUUGUGAGAAAUCCAGAUAAACUAACUUCUACUGUAUAUGCUAUAGGCAAGAAAAUUCUGCUGUUCCUCUAACUGUGUAUAUGGACUUCGAAGAGCAGCCUUGAGGCCAUACAGACACUGAAAGCAGACUCAUGUCUCCUGAUUGCCAUUUGCGUAAGAACGAAUGACAUUAUAUAGUUGUAGGUUAGGUGCGAUUUUAAAAUAACAGUUAUUAGUGGGGACCUUGAUUUUACUGAUAUCACAGUGAGGAUAGCUUUUGUACAUCUGGGUAGAAUGAAUACAAUUUUUCUAAUCCCAGAGAUGCCUUUGCAAGAGUAGUUCUCUCCAUACUUGCCAGCAUGAAGCUAUUGUGGGCACGAUGUUGGGUCAGGAAUCCUUGUGUUUGUAUGGACAGAUGGCUUUUAACACCAUGGGCUGCUUCAUUCUUUUCAUUAAAAGGAAAGUCUCUAGAAAAUAGUCAAAAUAUCAGAUACUCUGUUUAAGUCCCGCCUAUUUUGUAGAGGUACAAAAAUGUAGGAUGUGUCACUUUUGCAGACUCCUGCCUCACCUCUUUCUAGCCAGCUGAUAUUUUGGGCAGAAGAAAAUGCUUUUCUUUCAAUUAUGAGCUGAAAACACUCUAAGCCCCAACCUCUUGGGGUGUCUCCUGCUUACCUUGGAAAAUAUUCCUUGACAGCUUUGCAAGUAAGCGAUUAUCUUGUUAGGAACACAGAAAAAGUAAUAUCUCUCUAGACCUUAAAGAAAAAGACCACCCUUACUUCUUUCCGCAUUGGCACAGCCACCUCUGUUCUCUUCACCUGUCUACAACCUUAAUUCAAAGUGGCCCUCUGGAUGCUGUACCUCUGUGAAGCCAUAGUGGGUCUCUGAGGUCCCACAUGUUGCUUUGUGAAAUACUGACUUAGCCUCUGCCCUCAAAUGCCUGACUUCUGUGUAAAAGAUUCUAGCAAUGCGGACAUUGUUUAAAUGUCUUCUCCAAUCGAUUACUGCACAGAGUAUGCUUUAUGAUAUUAAAAUUAUGUUUUCCCAUAAAGACCAAUUCUCUUACUAUAUCCUUCUCUGCAGAAACUUGAGUCAGCCCAGUGAUGAAUCUUGAAAUUCACAUAUGUGCACAUACCCUUGGUAGGUCUUAGAUUUAAUCUUUUCAUAGAAAACUUACACAUGAGAAGUUAGUUUUGCAAGCAAUUAACUUAUUUACCUUACAUAUUUAUUUUAUUCCUGAUCGCAAAUGUUUUACAGCUGCUGUAACUUUUUUUUUCACAAACGAAGAGUCUUAUUAUCAAACAGGUAAAGGUUAUUCAGCUUUGAGAACCACCUGCCAUUCCUUAUUGGAUCAUUCAUCUAUCUGACAAAUACAUAAUGAGGGCAGUUUCACUGCAAUGAAAAUCCAUGUAGUCUAAUAAGUUGCCACUUUUUCUCUACUUUUAGUCUUUAAGGACAUUUUUAUUUCAAUGCUCUAAUGAAUUUUCCCAUAUGAUGAGAAGUGGUUAUAUUUGUACAAAUAUACAAAUAUCAGAAAACAAAGUUUCAUACCUGUAGGUAAUAGUCUAACCUGUCCAAACCACUUUGCCUUUACUGCUAUUUUUUAUCCCUGAUGUGAUGUUUCCCCCAGGCCUGCAGCUCUCUUGAAAGAAAUCAUACCUCCUAUAUAUUGACAUAAACUGGUUCUUGAGUACCAUUUCCAGAUUCUUCAGUUAAUGGGGGUUGUUCCUUUUCCCUAAUGUGAGAGUCGUUUUCCUGUAUAUUUCUGGAUCUCUCAGGGGCUGGGAGGGGGGAGUGAGGGGAUGACACCAUAGCACUCCAAGAAUCCUUUUGGGAUUACUCCAGUAAUCAAGUAUGGAAGUUAUUUUCUAAAUGUAGAUAUGUAAGUGGUUCUUUUAAAGUAAGGUACUUUGAAAAAUGUAGCAUAAAUUGGUACUGCUGUUAAAUGGGUCGAUUAUUAAACUGAGCAGCUGUGUGAGGGCAGCUAACUUUGAAUGCACACCUCACUGGCUGGUGUGUCUACACUUCCUGUUGUGAGCACCAGGGACUUGCAUCGCUGCAUGUCGAAACUGCAUCUUUACAUGGUAUAUGACUAGUUGUUCAUCUCUUUCUUAGGCACCAUUAUAACAAGAUCAAAUGGAAGUGAGAUCAAUUUGCAAGACAAAUCAUAGCACAAAAAAAUAAGUCAUGUUAAAUCUUCUCUCAAACACUCAUCUCAUACAUGCAUCCAAGUAGUUGACUAAGAUCAGUUCAGGUGAUAAAGGGAGACAUUUCACGGAAAAGGCAGAGGCUUAAGGUAUUAUAUACAUUCGUAUUCAUUUCAUGUUCUUAACCUGUAAACAGAAAACAAGCCCUCUCUCUUGUGAAGUAUCUUCAGAGGAUAGGGGUGCAAAAAUACCUAGCUGGUAAGCCAUUGAUGUUUCAUUUAAAUCCCAGUGUUCAAAGUUAGCUGCCUUUUUGAAAUAAACAAACAAAAAUUACUACUGUAUGUUUGAAAAUGUGAAUAGUAUUUUUAUAGCUUGUUAAAGACAUGGCUAGUUGCAUUUGUAAAUAAGGGUCAUGUUGCUUUGAUUUUUUUUUUUUUGUGGACAUCCUUAUUUGGGACAUAAUGUCUUUAGGAUUGAUUUGUAUAUAAGUAAUUGGCUUGUGAUUGUUUCCUUUUGGUUGGAAGUUAUCAUUUUGACAUUACUUGUGAUUCUGUGUUCAGCGCUAUUGUGAUGUGUUCAACCUCUGCACUCGCUUACACAAUAGGAGAUGCCAAUUGUGUGUGGUGUAAUGUUAUUUUGAUUUUUUUCUAUUUUAUCUAUGAAGGAUUAUGCACUUAACACAUACUAACUUUUUUAAUGUUAGGUAUAUUUUAGUAUAAUUUCCCUUAUUCUUUCUUCUCCACCAACCCUUCACCCCAUUCUCCUUUCCUUCCCCCAAUUUCUGUUGUUAUUUGAGAAUGAGGGACAAACAGUAUUUUAAAUUUCUGUAAUUAGGCUUUUCAGUUAGUUCUCAAGGAUCCUCUCUUGGCUCUUGGGAAAGGAUUGUACCUGUACAAGGCAAUUAUAGAAUGCGACCUGCUUUGCCUCAUUCCGUACUGAUCAUCCCAGCUGAACAAUUUGAAAACUGUUCUGCCUUUUUGUUACAUGAAUCUGUCAGAAAUAUAUUUUUAAUUUAAUAUAAAUGAAAUUCAAUAAAAUAUGAAAC